AUGACGUUCAGAUCUGUCGCUGUCACGGGGAAGAGGAAGAGUAGGAACAAGAGGAAGAGCGUCUCUCAGACACCGAAGCUUCAAACUUUGUUCAGCAGCAGUUUGAUGUUUUUCCGUCUGAAGAUGUUCAGCUUCGUCUUCUUCUGUAAUGUUUGGUUCCUGCUCACAGUUCUGAUCCGCUGCAGUGGAAACUCUACAGCAGUGAUCCGGUUUUCAGUCCCAGAGAAUCACCACAUCUGCCUGCCGUGUGCCGGCUCUGACAGCUCCAUGGUGAUCUGGACUCAUCGAGACCAGAAGGUCCUGGUGACCCGACAGGGCCACUGCGAGACCAACGGGGACACCCAACGCUACAGCCUGACCUCCGACGGACACCUCUGCCUCCUGCAGCUCGACGACUCCGAUGGCGGGACGUUUAGCUGCAACCAGCGGCCGGUGGCCGAGCUGCAGGUGCUAACAGGCUUGGACUUCCUGGUGUCUGCAGGCCGGACGCUGCUGCUCCCCUGCAACGGUUCCUCCAAACCCAAAAAGAGGUGGUCCCAUCAGAGGGAAGGGAGUACGGUGAAGACCGUCCUCACCAAGUUCAGAAACGGAACGGUGAAACCAGAGAGGAGCCGGAUCAGCCUGGAGCACGAAGCCCUGCAGAUCCAGGACCUGCAGCCGGAGGACGCCGGAGAGUAUGUGUGCAACGGAAAGUCGCAGGGCCGACUCACCGUCCUGACAGAGCAGCCGGAGCCGACCAGCAUCCAGAGAACCACCAGCAGAACCACGACAGCUGCUGUCAUGGUAACAGAUGAGGUCGACGUAAAGAAGGAGAAGAAGAGACCAGAAUAUGCCAUGCUGCUGGUUGCUGUGGUCAGCUUGGCGUUGAUGAUCUUCCUUCUGACCGCCGUCUGUGUUUUACUGACCAGCAAGAAGUGCAGAAGGAACAAGAAACACAGAUGUGAAGCACAGAGGCAUGAAGACACCGAGCUGCAGCCGUGGACGACGUCCAGCACACCACCCGAGCGUGAGGUUCAUGAGAGUCCAGCUCUGGUGGAGGAGACGAUCCACUACGCCUCUCUGGGCCGACAGAACUGGAGGGAGAGACCCGGCAGGACUCCAGCGGACCAGGACCAGGACCACGUCAUCUACUCCUCCGUCGUCACCAGACCGGCCAAAAAGAAACGACCUCCGCUGCUUCCUGUCGGGGGAACGAAAUGUCACAUAUGAACCCACGAGAGGCUGUUUCUGAUCCCAACUAAACAUUUAAAAUCACUUCCUACAGUAAAGACAUGAUGUACAUAAUGUUCAUCAUUAUUUUUCACUACAGGUGGAUAUGGUAAAAAAAGAAAUGAGCAUAUAUCACUGUGAAACUUUCCCAAAUGACUUACAUUAAGCAUUUGUAUUUAUGUAUGUCAAUUUUUCUUUAAAUGUAUGUUUAAAUAUGCAAAUGAGUGAUAGCUUAUUAAAUAUGUUCCAAUUUGCACACAUUUCCAUAACAUAAAUCUGAACAUUGGAAAAAGUAAAGUUCAAAAUUGUUUCCUUUUGUUGACAUAUUAGAGUGAAAGGUUUUUACAGAGGGAAUUUAUGAUAUCUCUUUAAUAUCACUCCAUAACAUAAAUAAGACAAAAAAACGAUGUGUUUACUCUGUGGUUUAGGAACAAAAUGUUGUAUAAAUCAGGCUAUAAAUGAUAUUAUCCAUGAGCCGUCCGUUCACAAUAUUAGACAAG